ACAGUUCAGCGAGAAUAGCCAAGCCGCACGGUUCUAACAAAUAUCGCAACGGAAAAAACAAACAAAAAAUAAAUCAUUGAAAAGGUUCUUCGUACGCGUCAAAUAGGAAAAUAUAACAAAACCUGUGCGAAUAAUAAUGAUUAAAAGUGAAGAAAUUGUAACCGAUUUGAAUAGCCGCACAAUGGGCGUCGAUCAGUUGGGUGGCUUUUCUUUGAGUGCUGCCUCCGGGCAGUAUCAUCCAACGCACCAUCAUCCCCAUCAUCAUCUGACGACACAGCUCACACAUCCACAUCCACACACACACACACACACCACACAUCCACAUCCACACACGUUUACACACCACAGCACCUCGCAUUUGUAUCGCACUGGAAAUUCACUGCCCGCUGGCAAUUUUCAAUUGAUGGGCGGUGAUUCCCCCACUGAGUUGGCGGAUGAGAAGCCCAACAUUGGCUACAUGGAACGCAAAUAUUAUGCGUCGGGCAAUGUGACGCCCACCAGCACCACAGCCACGACGAGCAACACCACACAUCAAUAUGGCUUGAGUGCCCUGCCCAGCAUGGGAACACCGCCGGCAUCCUCGAGUCCCAUACCACCAUAUGGUGUACUCAUGUCCUCUCAUUCUGUUGGAUCGGUGUCGCCCAAUUCCAGCUCCAAGACGCCAACCGAUCAGGAGAUGUAUGUCAGCUCGCCGGUGGUGAAGCCACUGCAACUACAGCCCAUGAAUCAUCAAUAUGCGUCCACAAUCAAAUACUGCUCCAACAAUACCAUUCUCAGUGCCAAUGAUUACCAUCAGCUGGCCAUCCACGGUGCUGAGCUACAACAACAACAGCAACAACAACAGCAGCAGCAGCAACAACAACAAGCACAGCAGCAGCAGCAGCAGAAUUCUCCCGGCUACCUUCCUCGGAUGUCAGCCUCUCCCACGCAGGUUAUAUCAAAUGCCCAUGGACAUCUGAACUACUCGAGUGCCAGCUCCUCGCCAGCCAAAUCAGAGCCGAUGCCAACAAAUGAGAGUCCCAAGGCGGUGAGUGUUGCCAGUGCACAGGAUAAUAGCACGCAGGAUACGACCAAAAAGUCGGGCACUCGUCGUCCCGAGAAGCCAGCGUUGAGCUACAUCAACAUGAUCGGACAUGCCAUCAAGGAGUCACCCAGUGGCAAACUGACGCUCAGCGAGAUCUAUGCUUAUCUCCAAAAGAGCUAUGAAUUCUUUCGCGGACCCUAUGUGGGCUGGAAGAACUCGGUGCGACACAAUCUCAGCCUGAACGAGUGCUUCAAGAAGCUGCCCAAGGGCAUGGGCGUCGGCAAGCCGGGCAAGGGCAAUUUCUGGACCAUUGACGAGAACUCGGCACAUCUCUUCGAGGAUGAGGGCAGUCUGCGACGUCGUCCACGCGGCUAUCGCUCCAAGAUCAAAGUCAAAACAUAUGCCGUCAGUGCGAAUGGUUUCUACAGCGGCAGCUAUGGCGAUGCGGGCAUGGACAAUGCCAAUUUCUAUGCGGCGCCUACAUAUGCCAGUUAUGAUUAUGGCGCCGCUGCUGGGGCGGGUUCUUCGGCGGCUCAGGGCUUCAGUGAUCCGUGGAAUGUGCAUGCGGCGCACAGUGGCUCGACGGCAGUGGGGGUUGCCACCCUGCCGCAGUACUCCAACAUAACCUGCCUGACGACGGUGGGCAACAAUCAUCUGAACGGCUCUGCCACACCCCCGUUGGCCCACUCCGCCCUGGGCUCCUCCAGUUCGCCGGUGGCGGCGCUUCAAAGUGAUUAUGCACCAGCCGCCAGUCUCGUGGCCGCUGGCUAUUCCUAUGCAACAAGUGGCAACGGCUUGGAUAAUGGUCUGCGCUCCAUGUCGCUGCAGCAACUGCCCGCUUUGUCAUCCAUACAGACGGGGCAGUCGCAGUCGCAGCAUCUUCACCAUCAUCAUCACCAUCAUCUGCAGCAGCAGCAUCCGCAGCAUCAGCAUCAACAGCAGCAUCAGCAGCAUCAGCAGCAUCAUGGAAGCAUGACACCGCCGCCAUCGCAGACGGGCAAUCUUGCCGUGGAUCGUUCGCCCAUCGAUUUGAAACCGGUUUACCUGCGGCCGAUGACUCCGCCCCCGACAUCGGUGAACGGCGAAUACUAUGAGACAAUCAAAUACUAAAUAGUUAGUUAGUAGCAGUAAUUAGCUAGAGUUACUCCUUCAUUUUCCUUCAUUAUUACCUCAAAGGAUAAUCAAUUUUAAUGUUAGCUCCUAAGUAGUUGCAGACAAAAAUUAGUUGCUUAGUGCGUAAAAAGAAAGGAAUUAUUAUCGAAUAAAUACCAUAUAUAAAUAUAUUUAAUUAGCAAGUAUUUCUAAAGCAAAUAGUCAAGCAUUAUUUGUGAUCAACUGCUUAAAUUUAAAUAAACAUUGCUCAGUUUGCAAACGC